AAGAUCACUUUGAAAUACGUCCUUUUAGUGUUUAAAGUUUCACUAGCAUUGGGAGUGGCGAUGUACGAGACAUCUAUCGACUCGUUCCAACCGGAUCCCAACAUAGCAGAGGACUAUAUAACUCUGGGCACGCUGCGAGUCACCCGUAAAAAACGCAAUUCCUACAUCAUAAUCGGGGACUUUGAGCUUCAGCAAAACUGGGGCAAUGAGAAUAUGGUAUCCUUCGCACUUGAACCUGCCAACAAGAAUGGACCACCGCUGAUGGCUGGUAAGAAGAAUUUUUGCGAAUUUUUAAACAUGGACAAUGCCAUCAUCGAUGAGAUCCGAGUGGGUUCUAAUUUGCCACCGAAGGGGACCUGCCCGUUGCCGAAAGGAAAGUACCAAAUCGAAAACUUCGAGCUCACCGAGGAUAUGCUGCCGCCAAUACUGCCAAAGGGUCAGUACGUGCUGAAUGCCAGAAUGGAUAACGUCGAGGGAAGGCAGGUUAUGGCGUACAAGGUGUAUGCGACUGUUAAGUAG